CCCAUAUGAAAAUAGUUAACUGAAUGCGAAUUCUUCUAUCACUGCAGGCUGCCAUUGGAUGGACCAAUCCCUCAACGGGUCAAGUUGCCUACGAAUGUGGUGGUUCUCUGAUCUCUUCUCGCUAUGUUGUCACCGCUGGUCACUGUGGGUUCAACGAUAAGGGCAUCCUCCCGGAUACGGUUCGACUGGGAGACACCGACCUUGGUUCGAAGGACGACGAUGGUUUUGCGCAGGAUGUGAAGAUUCGAAAAUUCAUCCCUCAUCCAAGCUAUAAACGUACGCAGAAGUACUACGACAUAGCUUUGAUUGAGCUGGAAUCGGAUGCUCGACUAGAUGCGGCAAUAUGUCCGAUUUGUUUGUGGGCGAAAGCAGGUCUUCAACAGUUUUCCGGGGGAUUGCAGGUUGCCGGGUUUGGCGUUACAGAUUACGCCGGUGAUCAUAGUACAACCCUACAGAAGGCAACGCUGGACUACUACGACUUCGACUCGUGCAACAAACAGUUGCCUCGACCGCGAUCACUCUUCAAGGGGCUUACGUCGGACCAGUUCUGCGCGAAAACACCCAUGAAGGACACCUGCCAAGGGGACUCCGGUGGACCUAUUCAGGUGGAACUAUCCGACAUCAAUAAGGCCAUUCCGUUUCUGGUGGGCGUAACGUCGUUUGGUACUGGGUGUUGGGACGGGUCAUUUGGGAUCUACACCAAAGUUUCGAGUUACGCCGAUUGGAUUCGAUCGAUUGCCAAUAUAAGCGUUGAUCCUAUGGAGUGCGCUCGUCAGUCGGAAUGCUUAUCUUCCAGAAAAUUUUCCGACAGCCGAAUUACUCCGCAAAACAAUUCGCCGUUCUUUAGGGUAGAACUAACUCGGGACGGCAAGACCUUCAACCAUUGCAGUGGAGCCCUGAUCGACUACCGACACGUGAUAACAUCCGCGUCCUGCACCAACUGGGACAAUGAACAGCCCACCCACAUCGUAGCCAACGAGCAACCUAUCGAAAUCACAGGAAUAACUCGCCAUCCACGGUUCGUCUCCGGAAAGCACUACAACGACAUUGCCGUACUGCGGCUGGACAAAUUCUACAAUCCUCACAAGAUCUACCAGAUUGUGGCCCCAUCCUGCAUUUGGAACAAAGACAAAAUUCCGGAACCGAUCGCGUUCUACUCCGGAUACGGACCGGAUUCAGCUGGGUCUUCGGCUUCUCACGUGACGUACGUCCCGUUGAAGAUUCUCACGGCGUUCUACCUGGACAAUGGUCGCUGUAAUACUAACUACAGCGCACAGUUCGCCCAGCAGUUACCCGGUGGAUUCAACGGAGACUUUGUUUGCGGCGAAAACCCCGUUGACUUGGUACCGGGCAUUUGUAGGGUGGAACCGGGAGGACCCAUCUCGAACUUCCGACGGGAUAACGUCGUUCCUUACGUGUAUGGAGUGAACACUCUGGGCGGAGAGUGUGGUGGAGCCGGAAACUUGUUUGUGGCCACUCGGGUAUCUUCCUACUACAGAUGGAUCGAAUCGAUUGUACUCAACAGGACGGAAAAGGUCGUGGAUAGUCGAUUUGAUGACGACGAGCGAGAUAACGAUGUCCAUCUGCACCCGGUGGUGAAUCGUGGAGACUUCCCCAGCGAAAGCCAUUUCGUAUCGUACAUUUUACCUGGAUUGAUAGCAUCAGAUAAACGAUUGAAGCCUUAUGGAAGCCAAUUCACGCCAGUGGCAACUGCAUCAAUACACCGUAGUCUUCGCAAUGAAAUCGACGAUGAUCCUGUGAAGCUUACAAUAUACGGUGCCCAGUUGGACGAACUUCCAUCCGGGUCGGAAAACAUUCUUCAAACGCUGCGAUCCAUUCCCAUUCAAAACAACUACCGUUCCUCAAGUGAUGUCCAGAUCAUAAAAUCAAUUGAACUCCCUGUUCGUCAACCGUACCACGAAUUCGUAAUUCAAAGACCGACUUUGACAUCGGCAUCAACCCUUCGCUACAAGCCAGUCAUUCCUCAACCUUACAUACCGCUGCAAACGAACUCCGUUCACUAUCAACGCCCAGCACCUCGGACAUUGCUUGUUAAUCCUUUGCUAUCAUCAUCGUCCAGAGUCGCACCAGCAUCGGAGUCGUUCAGCAUAGUGAAAUCGAUUGAACUCCAUCAGGAUGGCCAAUGUACCCUCAGUUCCGGUCAACCGGGAAGGUGUGUGCAUUAUAGUUACUGUAGCAUACCGGCGUCGUCAUAUUGCAGUACCCACCUUCUAACAGUUUGUUGUCCCUUGUGAGAUAGAGAAUGAAAUUCUCAUCUGUGCAUUUAUAAGUCGAAGUUAAGGUUGUGAAAUAUAAAUUAGGAAUAUAUCAACCAGAGAAUAAAUUGUUGAAACUGUUCGAAUGAAUAUUUCGUUCUUCUUCAU